UAACCCAUUAACCCUAGUUGGCUGAACUGAAGACACUCCUGGACGCCGCCGCCUCACUAUCGCGGUUCCACUAUCGCGCCUCACCAUCGCAGCUCCACCAUCGCGGCCUCACCAUCGCGGCUCCACCGUAUCCUCGCUCCACCAUUGCCGCCCCGCCAUCGCCCCUCCACGAUCUCCGCUCCUCCAUCGCCGCCUCACUAUCGCCGCUCCACCAUGACGCUCCACUACCCUGCUUGCUCGUCCAUCCUUAGUUGCUGGAGUUCCAUCUCCUAGUGCCUCUCUGUCAUCCAUUACGAUACCAAGGUGUUCUCCAUUAUUCUGGAACUAUUACUAAGGAAAAAGGAACAUGAGCUCCUUUUUAAGGUGUUGGAGGUAUUGGUCCUGCCAAGGCCUCCCUUCCACUUAUUCGUGUUAAGGCCUGCACCCUAAGUUUAGCCGUACUCCUAUUAUUUCCUCUUGGUUUGUUCACUACCUAAUCACAUGGCCUUGUUAUGUCUUGCCCGUUGCUAUCCUAUCUGCUACCUUACGUUUGGGCUCCCUUUGUUUUGUCUUUCUUAGACAUGUGACUCACUUGAUUAGGAAAGCAUCUUUUUGAGCUCCAUAUAUUUGUGGCCAGUGAGUAUGAGAGAGUUGACUUUCUCCUUUGUGUGAGAGAGGCGUGAAACUAGUGGGCAGUAGCUAUUGAGAGUGUAUCUCCUCCUUUGUGUGAGUAAAUAGAGAGUUAGAGUAUAGUCCUUCUUCUUCCCUUGUCCUCUGUGUGAGCUUGAGAGGUGAAAAAGAGUGUGGCUAAAUUUGGUGAGUGGUGGAGUGGCUAAACAAUCCUGGGGUGGUGUGUGUGAGUUGUUCUGGUUGGAGACCUGAGCUGAAAUACACACCCAACAGUGGUAUCAGAGCCUGGUUGCCGUCUGCCGCCGUACUCCGCCGCCGUCCGCCGCCGUCCGCCGCCGUCCGCUGCCGUCCGCCGUCGGAAAGGGCUCGUCGCAGGUCCCUGAAGCUUUGUCUGACCUGGAAGCUGCUGGAGCUCGUCAAUCGGAGAAUCGCCACCGUCGUUAGUGGUUGCUAUUUCUCGUUCGCCGUUCGCAGGAGCUAGGUGCUUCGUCCACCAUCGAAGCUAGCUGUAUUCCGCGUGGGAGUCGCUGACCAGGAGGUGGACUCUCGCCGCUUUCCACCACAGGACACCAGCCGUCACAGGGAGGUCUUCGAUCGCCGAUUUGUUCGCCGAUGAAGUUGUCACCCGAAAGCCGCCAUCCACAGUCGCAAGAGCUCGCCCAAACCUGUUCUUCGAAUUCCGCAGGGAGACGAUUUGAGGAGCUCGGAAGCUGAUGCAGAGGACCGGAUCUGGAAGCAUUGGCCCGAACCAACGCAGGUCUGGAGCAGGGCUGUGAAGCUGGACGCGUGGUGUUCGUCGCUGAGCUGCUGAGGUCGGCCGUACGUCGCUGGAGGCUGAGACAGUGAAACUCGGUAGCUUCCGAUCUCCGUUCGAAUCUUGCGCAGAAGCUUUCUCGCGUACAAAGGACGCAGAGAACAUUUUACCUGGACUGUUCAUUGGAAGCUUGAGACUUGAACUUUUGGGCUGGUCAAAGGUGGAUACGUGGGGCUACUUGGCUGCUGGUUUGCUGGGCUUGGUUUUGGGCUGGAUUGCUGGAUCUUGGAGCUGGACCUGGAGGCUUGACGUUGAGGCACAGUAGGUGACUUUACGUGAAGUUGCUGGUGCAGAAUAGAGGAGCUCUUGCCCCUUGGUGGACUUGGUCAAAUCGGUCAAAGCCAGUCAAAGGCAGUCAACGCCGUCCGAAAAAUCCCAAUUUUUUAAAUUGGGUGGGUAAGGUCGAAACGCCUCUCCUAGGGUUUCGCUCCGGUAUAUUGACUUUUAUCCUUUUUAUCGCUUUUGUAGUGAUUUAAUCUUUUAUUGUGUAGAAAUUAUGUUUUAGGUUUAUUACUGCUUUUAAAAUUGAUUGAAUUGUUGUAUUGUGUUUGUGCUAAAAAUUUAUUAUUUAUUUGUGCUUAUACGGAAGAACAAGGGGUUUGAAGUUGAGUUUGGUGCUCAUUAAUACUCCCCGCGUGUUCGUGCUAGUUGCUCCGUAUAUUUGUAGCCUUAUAAAUAUUUAAAUUGUUUUUAGCGAAAAUUUACAGUUUAUUUUGUUGCUUAUUUUUCCUCUGUGAAAAUGUCUGCUUAUAAUCAGUAUGGUAUGGCUCCAUUUAAUGGAAAAUCUGAUUUUAGCAUUUGGAAGCAAAAAAUUAAAUGUAUUUUAAUACAACAAAAAUGUUUUAAAGCAGUUGGUGAAACCUAUUUAAUUUCUGACACAGAAGAUAAAAGGGCUGAAAUGAAUGAAAAUGCAUGUUCUGUGAUUUAUUUGAACUUAUCUGACUCUGUGAUUAGAAAAGUUGGAAUUUUAGAGAGUGCUAAAAUUCUGUGGGAUAAAUUGAAUGAACUGUAUACUGAGACCUCUUUGCCUAACCGGAUAUUUUUACUUGAAAAGUUCUUCAAAUUUAGACUAGAUAUGUCUAUAGAUAUUGAAGAAAAUCUAGAUGUUUUUACCAAACUUAUUUCGGAUAUUAAGUUGUGUGGUGAUAAGCAUAUAGAUGAUUAUUCCCCUAUUGCUCUUUUAAAUGCUAUUCCUGAUUCCUUUGGUGAUGUGAAAUCUGCUAUCAAGUAUGGUAGAGAUAAUGUGACUCUUGACAUUGUGAUAAAUGGUCUUAAGAGUAAGGAAUUAGAUUUAAAACAGAUGGGUGAGGGUAGAAAAUCCGAGGAAGUUAUGCAUGUGAGGGGUAGAGAAAAUAAUAGUAGACGACAUAGAUCUAAGUCUAGGUCUAAUUCGAGGCGUUGCUAUUAUUGUCACGAAUCUGGUCAUUUCAUAAGAGACUGUCCUAAAUCUAAGAAAAAUGAGCAUAGUGAGCAUGCUAAUUUGACUACGUGCGUAGAUGAUUUAGGUGAUGUGCUUAUGAUGAAAAAUCUAUGUGAUUAUGACUAUUUGAGUUCUGUGAUAUCUGAUUCCUUGGGUAAAUCAGAUUGGGUGGUAGAUUCUGGUUGUAGUUUUCACAUGUCCCCUAUGAAAAAUGUUUUUUCAAACUAUAGAGAGAUUGAGCAUGGCUUUGUGUUUUUAGCAAAUGAGAAGAAAUGCAAUGUGCUAGGAAUAGGAGAUGUAUGCCUUAGGUUUUCUUCUGGUUAUGUGCUUACUUUGAAGAAUGUUAGGCAUGUUCCUGAGCUGUGUUGUAAUUUGCUAUCUUGUGCUUCUCUUGAAAAUGAGGGUUUGAAGGGAAAAUGGGGAAAGGGAAUCAUGAAAGUUGUGAAGGGUUGUUUAGUUGUUUUCAAAGCUGAGAUGAAAAACAACUUGUAUGUUUGUCAUGCUGAACCCGUACUUGAUUCUGUGAAUUGUGUGCAACCCUGUGUGCUAGGAAAACAGUCUAGAGUUGGUUUUCCUGAUCUGCCUAAGUGUACUAAUCUGCUUGAUUGUAUUCAUGCUGACUUGUGGGGUCCUUAUAGUGUUUCCACUCAUGGUGGGAAAAAUUAUUUUCUGACGUUGAUUGAUGAUUUUUCAAAGAAAGUGUGGGUUCUGUUGAUUGAGAAUAAAUCUGAAGUUUUUGAUAAGUUUAAAAACUGGAAAACCCUUGUUGAAAAACAAACCGGUAAGAAAAUUAAUUUUUUAAGGACCACUGUCAGUUUUGAUUUCUGUGAUAGUCAGCUUGGUGAUUUAUGUGAUACUUGGGGUAUUUCUAUGCAUAAAUCUGUUCCCUCCACACCCCAACCGGAUGGGGUUGCUGAGAGGAUGGUUAGAACUUUAUUAGAGAGGGUGAGGGCUAUGUUAGCUUCAUCUGGGCUCUCUAAUAAGUUCUGGGGGGAAGCUAUUUGUUAUGCUGUUGAUUUGAUUAAUAUGUCCCCGUCUGUUCCCUUAGGAGGGAAAUGCCCUGAAUCUGUGUUCAUGGGCAAACCACUUAACUUGCCAAAUUUGAGAGUGUUUGGUUGUGCUGCUUAUGUUAAUCGUGUGAAUGAUAAAUCUGAACCUAGGACUAAGGAAUAUGUUUUCUUAGGAUAUCAUGAUUGCAUGAAAGGUUAUAGGCUUUGGUGUAGGAGUGAAACUUGUUUCAAUGUGUUGAUGAGUAGAAAUGUCAUUUUUGUUGAAAAUGAAUUUCCUUGCCUGCUUGUUGCUCCUGAUGUUGCUCCAAAUGAGGUGGAGCAUUUGCCUGAUGUUCAUUCUGAUUUACUUGUUGAAACCGAACCCAAAUUUGUGGAUGAAAAUAUUUUUCAUGGUGAAAAUAAAGAAAAUAAUAUUUCUAUUAAGGUGGAGCAUGAUAUGAAUGUUGUGUGCAAUAUGCUUGAGUUGCGUGAUUGCCAUGUUAUUAGAGAUAGAGACAUUAGGAAGCAUGUGAGAAAUAAUAUGUGCAAUGUGUUUGACUAUAUUUCCUCUGAAUUUGCUUUAAAUGUGCUUAAUUCUCUAUUAAUUAAAAUCUUUGUGAUAUUUGGUAUGCUAUUUUCUUUCUGUUUUGAAAAUGUGAUACCAAGUGAUUAUGUGAGCUCUACCUGUGCUAGUUAUAGAAAUAAUAUUGUUUCUUUUAUUUUCUUUAUACUUGCUUUGUGUGGUUGUUGGAUUAGUUGGAAUCCCCAACUUCUCCCGGAUGCUUGCUUGUGUGGUCUAUUAACAUGUGUUGUGCUUGUUAAUAGUUUUGUGAUGGUUUUGGUUCUGAACUCGAGGACCGAUUGGUAGAGUUCAGUCCAUCGUGAAGUGGGUUUGCACGGUAAGCUUGGUCCGAAAGGGAACUUUGGUUCUCAUCUAUUACUUGUAUGAUCGCAAUGAUGUACUUGUAAUGGUUCAGCGAUGAUGAGUCUCCUCACAACCGUGUAUUUGUUACUCUACACCACCUAGGACCAAUAAGGUGGAGAAUGUUGGAGGUAUUGGUCCUGCCAAGGCCUCCCUUCCACUUAUUCGUGUUAAGGCCUGCACCCUAAGUUUAGCCGUACUCCUAUUAUUUCCUCUUGGUUUGUUCACUACCUAAUCACAUGGCCUUGUUAUGUCUUGCCCGUUGCUAUCCUAUCUGCUACCUUACGUUUGGGCUCCCUUUGUUUUGUCUUUCUUAGACAUGUGACUCACUUGAUUAGGAAAGCAUCUUUUUGAGCUCCAUAUAUUUGUGGCCAGUGAGUAUGAGAGAGUUGACUUUCUCCUUUGUGUGAGAGAGGCGUGAAACUAGUGGGCAGUAGCUAUUGAGAGUGUAUCUCCUCCUUUGUGUGAGUAAAUAGAGAGUUAGAGUAUAGUCCUUCUUCUUCCCUUGUCCUCUGUGUGAGCUUGAGAGGUGAAAAAGAGUGUGGCUAAAUUUGGUGAGUGGUGGAGUGGCUAAACAAUCCUGGGGUGGUGUGUGUGAGUUGUUCUGGUUGGAGACCUGAGCUGAAAUACACACCCAACAUAAGGAGAUGGAAUCAAAAGGCCCUAUUAAUAUGUGAUGCUGGUCUCAUUUUUUUGGAUUGCUAGAGAAGAUAAAACAGCUUCAUGCCCAGGUAAAAAUAAAAACAAAAUCUAUUACUUAUUCAGAAAUUACCCUAAAUAGGAGUAAAAACGUUUUGAAAUUCCAAAAUAGGAGUAUCAUGUUUUUUAUUCCCUAAAUAGGAGUAAUCUGCCAAGUUUGGAAAAAAAUGCCAUGUUUAAAGCCUUGUAAUUUCCAAACUUGGCAGAAAUUUACUCCUAUUUAGGGAAUAAAAACAUGAUACUCCUAUUUUGGAAUUUCAAAACUUUUUUACUCCUAUUUAGGGAAUUCUCUCUUACUUAUUUAUGCUCUAAAAAUUCUUUGCUGCCAAGAGAUGAUAUGAAAUGAGCCAAUGAGGUAUAAAGGAAUACAGGAUGAAACUUGUCAAGUUAACAAAGAAGUGAUCAAGAUGCUAUAGGGUUGAGGAAUGAUGUUUGGAAUGAAGUGAGAUGAUGAUGAUUCCAUACAUGGUGGUUUUCAAUGUUCAGGAUCCAUUAUUCAUUCAAUGUAACAAGACGCAAGAGCAGUGGGCAUCCUCUGACAUUACGUGCAUUUUGUAGUAUUUUUAUUGUAUUUUAUAAGCAUCUCUUAAAAUGCUAUGUAAUUUUUGUUGAAUACUUGGAAAAUAUGAUAUCUAGUGGGAUUGUGGAAAUAUUGUAUUCCGUAUUUUUAAUUAGCAUGAUUUAUAAUAUGCAAU